AUGUCGUCAUCUUGUCUAAGUGGCGGCGCCGCUUAUAGCUUCGAGUUGGAAACGAUGAAAUCGCCGCCGUCGAGAGCCGCAUCGCACAACACUCCCUCGCCGUCAUCUACAGUCUCCGAGUCCCACUCUCCUCCGCUAGCAAUCGCCACCAGAAAGCCACGCACUCGACGGAAACGGCCGAACCAGACUUACGACGAAGCGGAGGCUCUUCUCUCCACCGCCUACCCAAACAUCUUCUCUUCCAGGAACAAAACUCCGUCGAAUCCUCUGUUUCUCGGGAGUAAAUCUCCUCUCAGCGAUUACGACGAAGCUUCCGAGCUGCUUCUUUCGUUUGAAUCAACCGAGUUUCUCUUCAAUCCUAUGAUACAAACGAAACAAGAACAGUCCUUCGAGCGUAAGGAGGUCAAUACCGGAGCUGAAACUGACGACUCGGACGUGACUCGGUUUGGAAUAUUCGACGAUUUCGACGCGGAGUCGAUUCUGGAUGAGGAGAUUGAAGAAGGAAUCGAUAGUAUUAUGGGGAACAUCGAAUCCAGCGACGGAGUGAAUCACGGAGAAUCUGGAUUUUCAGGAAGAAAUCAUCAGAGAGCAGAGGAAGUGAUGAUGAAUCCUUGGUACGGAUUCGGAUUCGCCGGAAAGUUUAAGUCAGGGCUCGGAUUGAAGAAUUCUCUGCGGGACGACGAUGACGUGGACUGGUGCAGAUUUCCCACCGUGGAAUUUGAACAGAUCUCGCCGAGAAUUGAGGCCGUUGCAACCGCCGCUGCUGAUGUCAGCCAACAAUCCGAGGUCGUGGAUAGUAGCAAAAAGAAGAAGAAGAAGAAAAAGAAAGUGGCUUCGCCGGCUCCGUCUUCACCGGCGGCGGAGUUGAAGAGUUCCGAGAACUCGGGUGCGAAGUUGGAGCAGAGAGUAAGUCUGUCGUUGAACCUCGACUACAAUGGGGUUUUAGAGGCUUGGUCAGAUAAGGCGUCGCCGUUCUCCGACGAGAUUAUGGGUUUAGAAGCUGCCGGCAUCGACGUCCAUGCGAGGCUGGGUGAGAUAGAUUUGUUUGGAGAAAACGGAAUGAGAGAAGCAAGCGUGUUAAGGUAUAAAGAGAAACGGAAGAAUCGUCUCUUCUCUAACUCCAAAAGAAUUCGAUAUCAAGUUCGCAAACUCAACGCUGAUCAACGACCCCGAAUGAAGGGACGAUUUGUGAGAAGGACCAACGUAAGGAACUUAAGUGGGCUACGAUUAUAA